UUUUUUGUAUUUUUUAAAUAUGUGGUAACUCUUUUGCAAUAAUAACAAAUGAAACCAUGUAUGCUUUAAAAAAGGGGAAGGGAUAACAUUGUCGAAUCUUACAGUUAACUGUAAUUUAAAAAGUGUAAAUAGCUGGCCUCCUGCUUUGUUUAAAUGAGUUAAGUCUCCCUCAGUCUAUCCGGGAAAAACUGGCAGAUACAAAUCGUUCUCCACAAGUCGCACAUCAACAUAUAUUUAAUACUUUCUAUUCGACAUAAAUUCAGUGGUUUGUAUUCCCCAAUAAAUUGGGCCUUUAAUUAUUCAUGGUCGUUCGAGCCAUUCCGAAUGGCACUAUUGCUUUCGUCCAAGAAAAAAAACUUUAAAAUCGUGGUGACAAAAUUUAAAAAGGACGAUACAAACCACAAACUAAAACUAAACAAAAACCAGUGCAGUGCGGUGAAGUGAAGUGGCGAACAAAAACAAAAAAGGAAACAAUAUGUCCAUACACAUAUGACAAGCUAAAAAACCAAAAAACAAAAAAUGCGAAAGAAAAUUUAAGAAUACAUAUGUAAUAUAAAAAAAACAAAUUCGAAACAAAAGAAAGUGCAGUGCACUACACAAAAAAUGUAACACAUUCGUACAUACGUAUGAAAUAUAAAUAUUCAUGGUGGGUGCAGUGACGCAAGCAAAUAACAUCGAAAAUCAAAAUACACAGUAGCACAGAUCCAACAAACAAAAACAAAAAUAUAACACACACAAACCGGUCGCGAAACCAACAAGAACAAUAAGCAGGAUUGCAUAAAUCAAAAUAUCAACUAAAAUACGAAAAGGGAAACAAACAUAUACAUUUUUAUACAUAAUUUCUAUACAUAAUUUAAAUAUGUAUAUAUAUAUAUAUAUAUACAUAUAUACAUAAAUAUAUCUAUACACAUACCAAAUAUUUUAACAAAGUUCAUACGGAAGCAUACCUGCAUAUUAACAAUUCCAUUUCGCGCUCUCCUUCUAUUGCAAAAAUGUAGAAGCGUCCCAAAUUUUGUUUAGCCCAUUUCCGAUCGUUGCACGCGCGACCCAAAAGUGCUGACGUAGCAUCUGCAUUGAAUGCACGGUCACGUUGCACUGCAUGUGAUGAUCACACACUUUUAAUUCCAAUAACUAAUUUUUAACAUAAGUUUCAAUUCAGUAGUUAAGUGGUAGUUAAUAAGUGCGGUUGACAAAAAGGUUGUACUAAGGAGACAUAGUCUUCCCAACACGCAGUUAAGUAAUAGAGACUAAGUGAAAAGAAGUGUAGCUGACUAAAAGGUUGGACUAAGAAGACAUAGUUUUCCCAACGAGUAAUAGUGACUAAACGGAAAAAAAUUAUAUAAUAAAAAAAAAAAAAAAAAAAAAAUAAAAAGUAUUUUAUUAACUGGCGCCCGAGCUAAAAUCCCGAGAAUUUAAAUAAAAAAAUUUUUCGUGAAAACCCUUGCCUGUAGUGUUCGUCCGCAGGCAACCGCGCGAUAAAGUGUCGCUACCGAAUCCCGAGUAGGAAGAUAUGCAAAAAGGACGAAAUUCGAGCGAUCGGUGCGGUAAAUUAAGAAAAAAAAACAAACAAUCAAAUAAUAACACUUAUUAAAAUUUAAAUUGUGAGAAACAUUUUUGUGUAUAAAAAACAAUCAUCAAGUAGCAGAGACAAAAUUUUAAAAUAAAUAAAGCACAAAUAAAGACAAUUUACAUUGGGAAAUUUAAAUGAAGCAACAACAAUAACAUCAGAAAUAGCAACCACGAAACUCAUCACCAAUAGCAUCAGAAACAGCAGCAAGUAAUAAAACAAUGCAGCGGGUCUACCUAAUAUUACAAGCAACAACUGAGGAGAUAGUUGGAUGGCUCCAAGAUUUAAAUGAAGAUGAUGAUGCAGAGAUUAUAGAAAACAUCAAUAAUGCCAAUUUUAUUGAUGUGACUUUGCUCCCCACCGAAGAACAGGAGUUAUCCGAUUGCGAUGACGCAGAUGAAGACGAUGAAGGUACACUGGGUGAUUUGGGUCGUGGAGUUCUUAAAAGGGCAUGUGAAAUAAGAACUGAUAACUCAGAAGUGGAGGAGCAACAGUUUCUAAAUGAAGCGAGCAGUUCACUAGCCCCACGUACAAGGACUUCAACUCAAAGGAAAACUAAAAAAAGGAAGAUUUGCCGAAAAUGGUCCAAGAUAGUACUAAAAGCAAGUGAAUGUUCUAUCACAGCAAUACGCGAACAUACUCCGGACAUUGUAGCAGAUAUUUUGGAAAAUUAUAUAAGUCCAAUACAACUUUUUAAAAGAAUUUUUGAUAGCGAAUUUAUGGAAUGUAUACAAUCAGAGACUGUUAAGUACGCCAUAAACAAAGGAGAUGAAGCUUUCACCGUAAGUCUUGAGGAGUUAUACACAUAUUUCGGUAUCCUUAUACUAAGUGGAUACAACAAGGUUCCAGCUAUUAGCAUGUACUGGCAGACAGAAAGUGAUGUGUACAAUCAUUUAGUGGUAGGUUCAAUGGCGAGGAAUAAGUUUGAAAAAAUACAUCGCUACCUUCACAUCAACUUCAUUUUCUGUAGACGAAUCGAUGGAGCCGUAUUUUGGUAAGCAUUCUUUCAAGCAGUUUAUACGAGGAAAACCAAUUCGCUAUGGAUACAAAAUUUGGUGUAUGAUUACUUCAGAAGGAUAUUUGUUGAACUUCGAUUCGUACACCGGAAAAAGCAUGAUUCGAUCUAAUGAGCCCUUAGGUUUAUCUGUCACAAUAAGUUUAUGUUAUCACAUAGUUCCCGAACACAGCACUCUAUUUCUAUAUAACUAUUUCAAUAGUUUUAAAUUAUUAGAAGAGUUUGAUAAGAAAAAUAUAACAGUGGUGGGAACGAUUCGCUCACACCGUAUUGAAAAUGCUCCUUUGAGCAGCAUGAAAAGAGAACUCCGUGGUACUUGUGAAGCACUAAAAUCUAAAAAUAUUACCCUAGUUAGGUGGAAUGAUAACAAUAAUGUCACCAUUGCAACAAAUUGUAAAAACGACAACAUAACGACAACAACCGGAUUAUGCAAAAUAUAUGAUCGACAACAGAAACGCAGACAAGACGUAAAGCAACCAGUCAUUAUCAAGGAGUAUAAUUCGGGAAUGGGUGGAGUCGAUCUCUUUGACCAGCAAAGGGCAGCGUACCGAACUCAAAUUUGGUCAAGAAAAUGGUAUUGGGACAAUUUUCAGAUUUUGCUUAAAUGGUGCCGUUGUAAAUUUAUGGAUAUUAUUUAGGAAAGCUUAUCCACAAGUUACUCUUCUCGGCUUCAUUCGACGACUUACAAGGAGCAUACUUUCAAAGCCAAUAGAUUUUCAUCCAGUCUCAUCACGAAAGAGAAAACGAGAAAACGAAACCAGCGCCGAUGCAAAAAUUGUGGAAAGUGUACGAAAUUUAUAUGCAUGAAAUGUAAUUUUGGCUUGCACCCAGAUAACUGUUUCUACAAAUAUCAUGUAAACUGAGUCAGCAACUAAAUCUGAAAAUUAACAGUGAAUAUGUCAUUAAAUAUAUAAAUACGAUGUCAAUUUGAACUCAAAA